GCACGACCGUGAUCCACCCAAGAUGCCAAACCAUCCACGACUCACCCACACCAUCCCCGCAAUUGCUCUACCCCAGGCUCCAUAUUCCUCCGCCUCUAGUCCAGGCAAGCUGGGACUGCCAUAUGAUCUGAAUAUGGGAAUACUUAAGAGCCUUCUACGUCCCAAGAUGAACGGAUCAAGUUGAUCGUCCGACUCCUCUGUUCAAGGACAUCUCAUUUUCCCGUUCAACAUUUGAUUACCCAUCUCAAAUAUCAGAAUGGCGGAUCUAGUUCAAGAAUCGAAGGAAGUAAAAGCUGUUCACCUCGAGAGUGUGGCCCCUCACGACAAUGGCCGAUAUUCGAGCGAGGUGGAUGCUCAACGCGGGGCCGCGAUCCUGGAGGAAGAGGACCAGAUGCCACUGUGGUACAAUGCAAAGCUGCACUGGAAAGCACUUCUGAUCUGCAGCGUCUCAUUUACAGCCGGCAUGGCAUUCGGAUACGACACCGUUGUUAACGGAGCCUCAAUCUCCAUGCCCGCUUUCUUCCUCUACUUCGGCGACUUUGGUCCCACUGGCCCUUAUCUCCCCUCAAUCUGGACCUCCCUUUGGACCGCCAUGUCAGCACUUUGCCAGGCCAUAGGUGCCUACUUCGCUGGGUUCUUCUUGGAUCGGGUCGGGAGGAAGUGGCCUGCGGUUGGCGCUGGUUUGAUCACAGUUGUUGGGACAGCUGUGCAGUACACCAGUCAUAGCAGAGGUUCCUUAAUGGCUGGUAAGAUGGUCACUGGACUUGGGAUCGGCGUUGCAAUGGCUACUGGGACGAGUUAUGCUUCCGAGGUCGCGCCCAUCAAACUCAGAGCCCCAGUCCAGUCCGCGCUCGUCCUCUUCACAGUCUUCAUGCAAGGCGUAGCCCUGGGCAUCAUCCGCUCCUUCGUGCCCAACACCGCAGAGCAAGCAUUCCGCGACGUCUUCGCCAUCCAAUGGGCCGUCGGCUUCCUGUUGAUCCUCGCCUUCGCCUUCACUCCAGAGUCUCCUGUGUACCUCAUCAACAAGCACCAGCUCGAGAAAGCGCACAGGGUGAUGACGCUCAUCUACGGCAAGGAAAACGACCCGGAUGCGCGCCUCGCCUACCUCAUCAGGAUUAUCCGGGAAGAAAAUCACUCCGAGCAUGACCGCGGGACGUACUUUGAUUGUUUCAAGGGGACGGAUUUGAAGCGUACACUCACUGUUAUGCUCAUCUACACGGCUGCCAACUUCGCCGGCGCUGCUUUCCUGUCACAGUCGAUUUACUUUUUGAUCACCGCUGGUCUUCCAGCCAUCCACAGCUUCGAUGUCUCGAUCGGUGGCUUCGGAUUAGCGUGUAUCAUUAUCGUAGCCAGUUGGUUCGUAGGUGAUUACAUCCAUCGCCGAACCGGAUUCCUAGCCGGACUCGCUAUCAACUUGGUCUGUAUGUUGAUUGUUGGAUGUCUCUACUACAGCAAAGCAAAGGGAGCAUUAUGGGCUAUCGCUGUCGUAAUGAACCUGGACAUCAGUCUACAAACCUCUCUAAUCCAAGGGAUGGGCUGGCCCAUCGCCGCCGAGCUCUCCUCCUACCGCCUGCGCGCAAAAACCAUCUCCAUCGGCGUCAUCUGCCAGACGCUCUCGACCUGGGUGACCCUCUUCACCGUCCCGUACAUGUACAACGUCGACUCGGGGAAUCUCGGCGCGCGGACCGGGUUCGUGUUCAUGGGGACGACGGUGCUGCUUCUUGUUGCGGGAUACCUCAUGGUUCCAGAUACGACAGGCUUGACUGCUGAGCAGAUUGAUCAUGCUUACGAUCAGCGGGUGAGCCCGAGGAAGUUUAGGGGGUUUUUGGGGAGUGGGGGGUUUGUGGUCGAGGAGAAGGGUCUGGAUGCUUGAGGGAGGGGAACUUUCUUGGAGAGUAGGUUUUCUAUACUGAGAAACUGAAUGCAUAUUGUUCAGGGACGAUGCUUCUCAGCCAAGAAAGGUGACCAAUUCCUGAAUCACAUGACCAUUAUUAGCCAAUUAAGGUAACUACCCUACGAUUUGCAACUUACUGUGGACGGCAAGACAUGCAUGCUACUUUAUUCCCUCCGCGUGAUUGCCACCGUUUCAAAGCAUGGAAUCAAGUAGAGUACUCCAUUGACGAGCACCCCCUUGCAAUAUAAUUUCC